AUGGAAGACUUAUAUGAAAUAUUAGGACUAGAUUCUAGUGCUACUAGUAUAGAAAUUAAAAAAGCUUAUAGAAAACUUGCAUUAAAAUAUCAUCCUGAUAAAGCAACUCAUGAAGAACGAGAAAUCGCCGAAGCUAAAUUUAAAGAAAUAUCAUUUGCUUAUGAAAUAUUGAUUGAUGAACAUAAGAGAGAUGAAUAUGAUCGAUAUGGAACUACUGGUGGGAAUGGAUUUGGUGGACAUCAUCAUGAACAUGAAUAUUCCGGUAAUCCAUUCGAACAAUUUUAUGGUGGUAGUGGUAAUGAAUAUGGUGCUAAUGACUUUUAUGACUUCUUCAAUAAUAUGAAUCAACAACCUAAUGGACACGGUGGACCAAGAAGAGCAAAUAGAACAGAAGAUGGACAUAUUGAAAUUGAGGUGACAUUGGAGGAUUUAUAUAAGGGGAAAACUAUUAGAACUACUUCAACUCGUAAUAUAAUCUGUACAACUUGUAAAGGAACAGGAGCUAAACCAUCAGCGGUUUUAAAGACAUGCACUGGAUGUAAAGGUGAAGGAAGUGUUAAAAAGAUAAGACGAGUGGGACCAGGGUUGAUGACUCAAGAGAUUGUUGAAUGUUCAACUUGUCAUGGAAGUGGGAAAAUCCAUCGUCCUAAAGAUAGAUGUAAGACAUGUCGUGAAAAGAGAAUAAUAGAAGAAACUAAGAUAUUAGAGUUUGAAAUUGAAAAAGGAUCACCAAAUACAGGCAAAAUCGUUAAAGAAGGUGAAUCUGAUCAAUCACCAGGUAAAGAAACUGGUGAUAUCAUACUUAAUUAUACUUGUAAAGAGCAUGCAUAUUUUGAAAGAAAAGGUGAUGAUUUAUUUACUAAAUUUAAAGUUCCAUUAGUUGAUGCAUUAUGUGGAUUCUCAAAACUUGUUGCUAUACAUUUAGAUGGAAGAGGAAUUCAAAUUGCAACUCCAAGGGGGAAAGUUAUUAGACCUGGGGAUUUAUUGAAAUUAGAAGGAGAAGGUAUGCCAAAAUUAGAUAAGAAAUCUAGUUCUUGGUUUGGUAGCAAUUCUUCUACAUUUGGAAGAGGUGAUAUGUAUGUUGAAAUUGAAAUUGAGUUCCCAACUGAUAAUUGGUAUGUUGAAAAGAAUGAUAUUAUGAAAAUAAAGAAUAUCCUUCCUACUGAACUUCAAAAUAAAUCAGAUAUAAAGCAGCAAGAAUUGAAAGCUCAUGCUGUACCUGACGCAAGUGUUGAAAUCUAUGCCGAUUUCGAAAUUAUUAAUAGAAAUGAAUUACCUUCUUAUGAACAACAAAGAGAACAUGAUACUAAUGGUCAUGCUAGAGGUCACGAUAAUACAUAUGAACAAAAUGGGUAUGCUGAACCAGAAUGUACUCCACAAUAG